GAUAUAUUUAAUCGUAUAGGCACAGGCCUCAUUGAAUGCAUCCUCUCCGGGAUCAUGUCAGUGAAUGGAAAGAAAGUCCUUCACAUGGAUCGUAACUCUUACUAUGGAGGGGAAAGCGCAUCCAUUACACCCCUGGAGGAUCUCUACAAAAGGUUUAAUCUACCAGGAACUCCACCAGAAUCUAUGGGGCGAGGAAGAGACUGGAACGUGGACCUAAUUCCAAAAUUCCUUAUGGCUAAUGGUCAGUUGGUAAAGAUGCUGCUCUACACAGAAGUCACUCGCUACUUAGACUUCAAGGUGAUCGAGGGGAGCUUCGUCUACAAGGGAGGAAAGAUCUACAAAGUUCCUUCCACUGAGGCAGAAGCCUUGGCAUCCAGCUUAAUGGGCUUGUUUGAGAAACGCCGGUUCAGGAAAUUCCUCGUGUACGUUGCCAACUUCGAUGAGAACGACCCCCGAACUUUCGAAGGCGUUGAUCCCAAGAAGACCACCAUGCGCGACGUGUAUAAGAAGUUUGACCUGGGGCAGGACGUUAUAGACUUCACGGGCCAUGCCCUCGCGCUCUACAGGACCGACGACUAUCUAGAUCAACCAUGCCAAGAAACAAUCAACAGGAUUAAGCUCUACAGCGAGUCGCUGGCUCGGUACGGUAAAAGCCCGUACCUUUAUCCCCUCUAUGGCCUUGGAGAGCUGCCCCAGGGAUUUGCGAGGCUAAGUGCUAUAUAUGGAGGCACCUACAUGCUGAACAAGCCCAUUGAAGAGAUCGUGAUAGAAAACGGCAAAGUGGUCGGUGUGAAGUCCGAAGGGGAGGUUGCUCGCUGCAAACAGCUCAUCUGCGACCCCAGCUACGUCUCGGACCGCGUAACGAAGGUCGGUCAAGUGAUUCGGGUAAUCUGCAUCUUGAGCCACCCGAUCAAGAAUACGAACGAUGCCAACUCGUGCCAGAUCAUCAUUCCACAGAAUCAGGUCAACCGAAAAUCAGAUAUCUACGUCUGCAUGAUCUCCUCCGCGCACAACGUGGCAGCGCAGGGGAAGUACAUCGCCAUUGCCAGCACUACUGUGGAAACCGCGGACCCAGAGAAGGAAAUCAAGCCGGCCUUGGACCUCUUGGAGCCUAUUGAGCAGAAGUUCGUUAGCAUCAGCGACCUGUUUGCGCCGACCGACUUGGGAACCGAAAGCCAGAUCUUCAUCUCUCGCACCUAUGACGCCACCACUCACUUUGAGACGACGUGCGAUGACAUCAAAGAUAUUUAUAAGCGGAUGAUGGGAUCAGAGUUUGACUUCGAAGAGAUGAAACGCAAGAAAAACGAUAUCUACGGGGAGGAGGAGCAGCAGUAAUGAGAAUCUCUAAUUAGGAGAAAUUUAAAUCGGCUAAUAUGAAUAUAUAAGGAACUUAAUGAACACUGUAUGAAAUUCAAUAUUGUAAGGCCUGCUUUUGUAAUCCCAUCUCUGAGAGAUUGAAGAGUACUGCACUGGUAAUGUUCCCCUUUUGGAUAUCAUGUGUUAAUUAUUUCAUUCUGGUAGGGCUGCUGUCCAGAAUCUGGCAAAUUACUGACUGAUUUAAUGACUAACCUCGCAAGCGAAAGGCAGACUCAACUUGGUUUGGGUUUUUUUUUG